GCCUUCUCCCGGGACUGGCAAACCUACGCCCAGAACGAUAAGUUGUGGGGGCUGCAGGGAGACCAGAGUCGGGCAACAAAAAUGUCUGAUGGUCGCCCCAUACACAUUCCGUCCUGAGCGGGGACCUGCUCGGAAAGUUGCACUGUGCAGGGUUGACAGCGGCAGUUUCAUGCAGUGGCACAGGAAGCUCCACCGCUGCUGGGAGCCGGUCCGGCUUUCCGGAGUCCGGUUCUCACCCAUUCCCGAUGUUCUAAUACUCAACUAAUAAAUUCACGUGAGAGGACCCGUUUGCUCGAUAACCAGCAACGAAUAACAGCCCAGCACUGUAUUUAAUGAUAAGAUGAUUUGUCUUUCAGCGUGUUAUAAUGGUUACAAUAAACCUCACUGAGUUUGACCCUCCCGCUUUCCGUUCUGCUCUCUCCCCUAAGUGUAAUAUUAUGCUCUGUUUCUGGCAACACGCUGCCCACGGCCAGCCUUCUCCCACCAGGCAGCUGAUUGGUUCUUUUUCGGCAUGUCUCUUCCUAGCCCUCUUUCAUUGGCCCAGGGCGCUGUCCGUCAUCUGGAGGUUGGGUUCGAUGAUAGGUUGUGACGCGAGAGGCUUCAUACAAAGAUGGGCUCCUAGCAGUUACUCAACAGUCAUAUAUGCCUGUCAUCAUGAAUUUUGAUGGCAUGGACCCAGCUCUGGCGGAGUAUGCCCCUGCUCUACAUGCUCCCCUGGAUCCGGUUCUUGAUCCCCACCUGAACGCUAGUCUUCUGCAGUCUGUGGAACUAGACCAUGAUCGGGUUGGGCUGGAGGGGCUCCCUGUCCCAGACGGUAUGCGUAUCAUGGAAGGAAUGUACUCGGAGUUGCAUACAGCUGUGUCUGAAGUUGGAGUCCCUGUCUCAGCUGUACACUUUGAUGUUCAUGAGGAGAUGUUGUGGGUUGGGAAUCAUGGAGGCCAUGCCACUUCCUUCUUCUCUCCUGCCCUUGAGAGGUAUUCCUCUUUCCAAGUGCAUGCUAAUAAUGAUAUCCGACAAAUCCAGAGUAUGGAGAAUGGGGUUCUCUUCCUCACCAAAAAUAACCUGAAAUACAUGACCAGAGGAGGACUGAUUAUCUUUGACUAUAUGAUGGAUGAAAGUGUGGACAACCACAGUCUCCUGCUCACAGAUAGCAGCACUCUUCUUAUUGGAGGCAUGCAGAAUCAUGUCAUCCAGAUGGAUCUGAACACUGUGCAGGAAACACAGAAGUAUCCAGUUGAAGAAUCUGGCAUCACAAUUAUGCGACAGUCUAAUCGCUUCUUUUUCUGUGGACACACAUCAGGAAAGCUUACGCUUCAAGAUUUGCGCACAUUUAAUGUGGAACAUGAGUUUGAUGCCUACUCGGGUAGUUUGUCUGACUUUGAUGUUCAUGGGAAUCUUGUAGUGACAUGUGGCUUAUCCAGUCGCAUGAAUGUACUGGCCUGUGACCGAUUCUUGAAAGUGUACGACCUGCGCAUGAUGCGGGCAAUCACGCCUUUGCAAGUCCACGUUGAUCCCCUUUUUCUACGUUUCAUUCCUACCUACACCUCCCGACUAGCUAUCAUCUCACAGCGAGGUCAGUGUCAGUUCUGUGAACCCACAGGUCUUGCGAGUCCAGCAGACAUAUUCCAUGUCGGCACUGUAAGCCAGCUCAUUAUGUCCUUUGAUGUGUCUGCUAGCAAACAAGUCCUUGCCUUUGGAGACUCAGAUGGAUGCAUUCAUCUAUGGGCUGAUACCCCAGAAGCAACAUUUAAUGCUUACCCACGUGACACAGAGUUUGCUUUGCCCUGUAUGGUAGACAACUUGCCACAUCUGGACUGGAAUCAGGAUCUUAUGCCUCUGUCUCUUAUCCCUGUACCACUGACAAAUGAAACCUUGCUCUCUGAUUGGCCGUCUACUAAUGCCACUCCUGCUCCACGUCGGGCUCCUCCAGUAGAUCCAGAGAUAUUACGAACAAUGAAGCAGGUUGGAUUCAUUGGCUACUCUCCCAAUCCUAGAACAAAAAUCCGGAAUCAGGUGCCAUAUCAACUGGAAAAUGAUUUUGACAAUUUUAACCAAGUUCCUGAAUCUCCUAUAGGAAGAGAAGAAGAGCCCCAUCUCUAUAUGGUGGCCAAAAAGUAUCGGAAGGUCACCAUAAAAUAUUCUAAACUUGGUCUAGAAGAUUUUGACUUUAAGCACUACAAUAAAACCUUGUUUGCUGGCCUAGAGCCUCACAUUCCCAACGCCUACUGCAACUGCAUGAUCCAGGUGAUUUAUUUACUUGAACCAGUCCGAUGUCUUGUCCAAAAUCACUUCUGCCAGAAAGAGUUCUGCUUGAGCUGUGAACUGGGUUUCUUGUUUCACAUGCUGGAUUUGUCACGUGGAGACCCUUGCCAAGCUAGUAACUUUCUACGAGCCUUCAGGACCAUCCCAGAAGCUGCAGCAUUAGGGCUCAUUUUGGCUGACUCAGAUGAGGCUACAGGGAAAGUGAAUUUAGGUCGUCUGAUCCAGAGCUGGUGUCGUUUCCUUUUGACCCAACUUCACCAAGAGACACAGGAGCUGGAAGGACCACAGGCUUACCGUGGUGGGAGUACGAGCUCUUUUGUAUCAUCGGGGGGCUCUGUGAUUGGACAGCUGUUUGGUUGUGAAGUUGAAAAUUGCAGUAUGUGCCGAUGUGGCAAAGAAACUGUGCGUCUAUCAACAACUUUGCUCUUCACCUUGUCCUACCCAGAGAAUAACAGUAAUGACAAAGUCUGUCAAGAUUUUGAGUUUGUGGAGAUUCUGAGGAGAAGCAUUUGUCUAGAACAGAACACACAGGCCUGGUGUGAGAACUGUGAGAAAUACCAGCCCACAGUACAGACUCGUAACAUUCGCUGUCUCCCUGAUAUACUUGUCAUAAACUGUGAAGUUAACAGCACAAAGGAGGCAGAGUUUUGGAAGACCCAAGCAGAGUUUGCUUUUAAGAAGGCGCUGAGAAAAGCUGAAAUGACGUUUCCGAAUCCCAGUGAAAACAGCACAGGAAACUGGGAUGAACUUAAUAUGUCUGACAACGCCCCUCCACCACUUAUACCUUCAGUGGAAGAUCUUCGCAAUGUCUGGGUACCAUAUUCCCUGAAGAUGAAGCUUUCUAAAAACAAAGAACUGGAUGUUCUGAACUGUGCAGAGGGUGAGGAGCCAAGUCCAUCGGAUGAUGAAAAUGAAGCAACAAACGUGUAUGACCUAAUGGCGACUGUUGUUCAUAUCCUGGAUCCACGAACAGGGGGCAGUCUGGUAGCACACAUCAAAGUAGGAGAGACCUAUCACCAAAGAAAAGAGGGGGUCACACACCAGCAAUGGUAUCUGUUCAAUGAUUUCCUUAUUGAACCUGUGGAUAAGUGUGAGGCGGUGCAGUUUGACAUGACGUGGAAGGUGCCUGCCAUACUAUUUUACACCAAGAGAAACUUGAAUGCAAAAUACUCUUUAUCACUUAAGAACCCAAUUGAAGCCAGUGUGCUGCUGGCAGAAGCUUCUCUGGCAAGGAAACAACGGAAGUGCCAUGCCACCUUUAUUCCGCUGCUGCUAAAUGAGAUGCCACAGGCAGGGGAACUGGUGGGUCUUGAUGCCGAGUUUGUUACGCUCAAUCAGGAAGAAGCUGAACUUCGAAGUGACGGCACAAAGUCCACAAUAAAACCCAGUCAGAUGUCUGUUGCUCGUAUAACCUGCGUGCGGGGACAAGGGACUAAUGAGGGUGUGCCAUUCAUUGAUGAUUACAUCUCCACCCAGGAGCAGGUGGUGGAUUACCUUACACAGUACUCUGGAAUAAAACCUGGUGACUUAGAUGCGAAGAUCUCAUCCAAACAUCUGACUACUCUGAAAUCUACAUACCUUAAACUACGGUUUCUAAUCGAUGUUGGAGUGAAGUUUGUGGGUCAUGGACUUCAGAAAGAUUUUCGGGUUAUAAACCUAAUGGUGCCAAAAGAUCAGGUGAUUGAUACAGUCUACCUCUUCCACAUGCCACGUAAAAGGAUGAUCUCACUUCGAUACUUGGCAUGGUAUUUCCUAGAUCUCAAGAUCCAAGGAGAGACCCAUGAUAGCAUAGAAGAUGCACGAACAGCUCUACAGCUCUAUCGCAAGUACCUGGAGCUAAGUCGCAAUGGAACGGAACCAGAUCUUUUCCGCAAAGUGCUGAAGUCCCUGUAUGAAAAAGGCCGAAAAAUGGACUGGAAGGUGCCGGAGCCAGAAAGUCAAAACAGCCCAAAAAAUGCACCAGUGUAUUCUGCUAUGGUGGGACUUUAGGGUCCUUUUUAAUUUUUCUUUUUAAGAACUUGAUAAAGUGGAAACUACUUUCCAUUUACAAUUUUUUUUUUUUAAUUGUAAUGAAUUGUGAAGCAUUCUGUGAACACAACAUCAGAUUUUAAUAAAAAAAAUAACCUCUAAA